AUGGCUGGGAUUUCCAACGAGUACAACACCAGUUUGGAGGUUGCCACGCCCAGCGAAGGACACAAUGAUGCCCACCAGCAGAUGUACCUGCAAAAGAGAAACUUUGUUCUGCGUUUACUUCAGACCUCUCUGAGCCUUGACCACAUACAGCACCAUCGGAACAAAUUUGAGGUCUUUAAGAAGUGUUACUUCUACGUGGACAUUGAGCCCCACCACGUGCAAACGAGAGACCGGAACCAUGUGAUGCAUCGCACUGACAUCAUGCAACUCAUAGAUCCCUACGAGCUGCUGAAGAUAAAGAGGAAAGGGAAAAAACAGAUUGAAAUUGAGAUGUUGCUUAUAGCAGAGCUGUUGGAGCAUCUGGAACGAGGACAGGAGGAGCUGAGAUGUUACUUAACAACUUGGGACAUGAUAACCUUCCUGUCCCAGUGGCACUUGAUUAUGAAGAAACUAUGGCAGCUCUGCAAGUUUAUGGCAACUCUCACUUCCUUGGAUGUGCCGGGAAAGCUCUACCUCAAGCACCGUUUGUUGUUACGCUCAGAAUUUAGAGGCAGUAGACUUCCCAUGUUUAGUGUUUCUCUCCGUGUCAAGAUGCCUCUGAUUUUUGAUCGGAACGAAUCGUUUGCACACAAGGACUCAGCCAAGCUCAAGUGGUUUACCGAAAAUCAAGAGUCACAAGUCGAACUGUAUGAACUGCGCUUCAAGUUACUGACCAGUGAGAAUGAGAGUGAACCGGGAUACGGUAGGAUUCAAGAAGUCAUUUCCACCUCAUGCAUAGUCCAGGGCCUGCUGCCUGGCAGAUCAUACGAGUUCACGAUCGGAAGACCGGACACUCAGACCUUCAUCCUUGUGAAAUGGCAUGACAGCAUUACACUGACAACAACCGACGAUGUUGAAGGUGCGGUCAGCAGCACUUGUCCAGCAGAAGGAUGA